GGUGGUGGUGGCUGUGCCGAGGGGCUGCCCGGCUCCGAUGGCCUUAGCGGGGGCCCUGCGCCGCUGCCUCCCCCUCUGCGCCUCCCGUUUUCUUGGCGGCGUGUGGCCGCCCGAGCCGCCCCGUCGGGGCCAGGGGGCACGAUCCCAGGGGUUUGCUCCUGCAAAACUGGGGCAGGAUAAAACCUCAGGAGGCCGAGCGAGAGCUGGGGCUCCCGCUCCUGCUCGUUGCGGGGCCGAAUCCUUGGAAAGCCCCCCGCAGCCUCCCGCUCGCCGGCCGUUCCCCGCGCCUCCGCUUCUCCCCGCGCGCAGAGGGGUUUUUCAACAGCAGGACCUCCACCCCUGCCUGGAGGUCCCUUUGCAGGCGGGCAACGAACCCCCAAACCCCACCACCGACCUUCUGGCAACGCCGGGAGGAGAAACUCAGCUUCCCCUCGUCCGGGGCUGCCGCUGCCCGGUGGGGAGGAUUGGAGCUGCACGUCCCGGGGUGCUGCGGCUCCCCGUGCUGUGCUCAGCACCCACGGCGGAGCCGGGAACAUGACCCUUCCGGGGGUAAAUACACCCCCAAAGAUGGGAGCUUGGAAAACGUCGCUCCCGGUUCAGCCCUCCGGCUCCUGAAGGGUGGCCGCACCCACCCGCGGCGGGGACGCCUUUGCUGCCUCGGGCGAGCCCUCGUCGCGCCAGCGGGACGCUGCCAGUUUCCCCACAGGGGAAAACCUUCCCCGGGCGCCGAGGUCAGUGUCCCGCUUCACCCUGGCCCUCGCAGAACGAAACCUCUCUGGCUGGGGGGGCUGCGGGGCGGCUUUUCCCCCCUCCGUGGGGGCCUGGUCCUGAGCCUGUGCCUACCAAAGACAUCCCCGGAGCAGAAGGGUGAAACGGGGAGCGGACUUUGCCCGUCUCCGCAGGACAUGGGCUGUGGCCCAGCACCCCGACACCCCCAGCCCUGAGCGCCGCGGCCCCGCCAUGCUGACCAUAAAGCUGCCGCAGAUCUUCAGGGUCCAUCAGGUGCCUCGGAUCUUCUGGGAGGAUGGGAUCAUGUCAGGGUACCGGCACCCCAAGAGCUCAGCCCUUGACUGCGUCCUCAGCUCCUUCCAGAUGACUAAUGAGACAGUCAACAUCUGGACACACUUCCUACCGACCUGGUAUUUCGUGUGGCGCUUCCUGGUGCUCUCGUCCUCCCUGGAGCUCUGCCGGGAGCCCUACCACUGGCCCCUGCUCAUCUACCUGCUGCUCGUCUGCCUCUACCCCUUCGCCUCCAGCUGCGCCCACACCUUCAGCUCCAUGUCGGCGCGCGCCCGCCACAUCUGCUACUUCUGCGACUACGGAGCCCUCAGCCUCUACAGCCUGGGCUGUGCGUUUGCCUACGGUGCCUACGCAAUGCCGGACCACUGGGUCAGCGGCGUUUUGCACCGUUACUUUGUCCCCACGGCUGCUUUUAACUCCUUUGUCUGCACCGGCCUCUCCUGCUACUCCCGCUUCCCUGAGCUGGAGCAUCCUCGGCUGAGCAAGGUGCUGCGGACGGCGGCUUUCGUGUACCCCUUCCUCUACGACAACAUCCCCCUCUUCUACCGGCUCCUCUUCUGCUUCUGGGGUAACUGCGCCUGGAAUGAGGCUGUGGCCGGGUACUGCUACCACCUCCUCUUCGCGCUUCUCACCGCCUUCCUCUUCGCAUCCCACCUCCCCGAGCGCCUCGCGCCCGGCCGCUUCGACUACAUCGGACACAGCCACCAGCUCUUCCACAUCUGCGCCGUGCUGGGGACCCAUUUCCAGCUGGAAGCCGUGCUCUGGGACGUGUGCUCGCGCCGGGCCUGGCUCCAGGGUCGCCUGCCCCCCCCCGGGCUCCCCGGCACCUUUGGCACUGCCGCACUGGCCCUUUUGGGCAACGCUGCCAUCAUCGGCGCCUUCACCGCUGCCUUGCCCCCGGCGCCUGGCAGCUCCGGCAGCCCCCCAAGUGUCCCCACCGAGGCUGGACGCUGCAGGGACCCGCGACACUGUGGGGUGAGUGGCUGGGGGGGGGGGCCCGGAUGUCUCAGCACCCCUAGAGCUCUUCCCUCCACCUCCAAGCCGGGGGAGAAGAGAGUGAGGGGCUCAGAUGCCUGAGCCCUGCUGUUGGGUGUCUUGGGGUGCCACAAAAUUAGGUGCCCCCCCACCCCGUGCAAAGCUGCACCCCUGCUGUCUAUGCCUCAGUUUCCCCACUUUUUCCCCACUUUUAAAAUACAGCGAAGCCUACUCAUCACUGCAGGGAGGGCACUGUAGUGCAUUUAUGCUGCAUCUAACCCACGUAGCAGCGUCCCCCCCCCCCUCUCCUUUAACCCCAGGACCCCCAAAGCCACGACCACUGCAGGGGCCCGUUUCCCACCAGGUUCAGCUCAGAAACCCUGGAGACCCACGUGUGUGUGUGUGUGUGUGUGUGUCCAGGAUUGCCACAGCCCAGUGGGGCUGAGAUGCAGCACUGGUGGCCCCACGGCAGCGGGCACGGCCCCACGGCCACUGCUCAGUGUCAGACCCCGGGGGUGGCGGAGGGGACCGGGGCUGGAGGCAGAGCAAAGGUUUUGGGCUCGAGGUGAGGGUGAGGAGGGCUGGCGAAGGCUCUGCAGGGUGGGAGCAGGGGUCAGGGCUCUGGCUGAGCCAGGGCUCCUGUGCCGUGGGACCCCGGGAGAUGAAUUUGGGGCAGGAUCUAUCACCCUGGGAGGGUGCAGCAACGUCGCAGGUGGUUCGGGGCGAGAGGAGAGGCAGAGCCCGGCAGCCCCCAGCACAAGGCACACACACGUGUGCACACUGGGUGUGCAAGAAGGGGGUGGGGGGGGGGAAUGCCAUGGCCAAGCCCAGCGCCAUGCAUGGGGUGAGGGGCCCAAUUUCCCCAAGUUUCCCACCCCGGCCUUAAAUGAAGUGGUGGUUUGCUGCGGAAACCCAGCCCCUGGGAAAGGCGCAGGGCUCUGGGACCCGUGGGGCAGCCCUGCUGCCCCCCAAUAACCCCCUGCUUGGGACAAGCAUCUUUAAAUUAAACUGGAAUAAUGGUGGGGCAA